CUCAUAACUUUUUAACACACAUUUUGCAUUUCGCAUUCUAUUAAACUCAUUCGCAUCAUCCAUAUUAACCUUUACACCCAAUGGCUGAGAUUUCCUCACUCUCAUCGCUGCUCAAGCGAUUGGAAGCUGCUACCACUAAGCUAGAGGACUUGGCCAUGACCGGCGUUUCUGCCUCCAAUGUCUCGUCUUCACUCACCGGCAGUAGUGGUGCACAUGCGCCACAAGGUCAGCUGUCGCAGCUUGCCGAGGUUGCUGUUGCUGGUGACGCGCCUACUCAGAAUGCAAGCCAUCCCCAGGUUGAGGCCUUUGAUGAGUUGCUUGAUGGACAUGUGAAGAACUACUUUGAGCUUAGUAAAGAUAUUGGUGGCCUUGUCGAAGAACAGGCCAAGUAUGUCUGCAGCUUGUUUGCUGCUCAACGUGAAAUGAUCGUUGUUGCCACUCGUAGCCAAAAGCCGCCUCUGACCUCUGACAUUUUUCGUCAGUUGCUUGAACCUACUCAGGUUGAGCUGACAAAGGUCAUUGAGGUCCGUGACAAAAACCGUUCUAGCCCCUUGUUGACUCAUCUGACCACAGUGGCCGAGGGUAUUCCUGCUCUUGGUUGGGUGGCUAUUGAGCCCAAACCAGCACCAUAUGUCGGAGAAAUGAAGGAUUGUGCUCAGUUCUAUGUAAAUCGUAUUGUCAAGGAGUGGAAAGAAAAGGAUCAGAACCACGUUCUCUGGGUUCGCUCCUUCUUAGAUUUGUUGGUGGAGCUGCAGAACUACGUUCGCAAGUACCACACAACUGGACUAGUCUGGAACCCAAAGGGAAAUGUCUUGGAUAGCAGUAGUUUGAGCCGUGCAUCUACCGCCGCAGCCUCAAGUCCCGCCAAUGUUACUACUUCGGCUACUCCUUCAACAUCAGCACCAUCUGCUGGCGGGCCUCCACCUCCGCCACCCCCACCACCUCCUCCAGCAUUGAAUGCAGAGCCUACAAAGAAGACAUCAGAAAACGCCAUGUCAGCUGUAUUUGCUCAAUUGAAUCAAGGAGAGGCGAUCACAGCCAACUUGCGCAAGGUUGAUAAGAGCAAAAUGACUCAUAAGAACCCAGAGCUUCGAACUUCAGGAAUGGUGACGGCUUCAGCUGGCAAACCUAGUUCUCCUAAGAAAGCUGGGCCUGGAGCUCCCCCCAAGCCGGCAUCAUUGACUCUCAAAAAACCUCCGAAAUUGGCUUUAGAGGGCAACAAGUGGAUGGUGGAAAAUUUUGAAAGCAAUAAUGGCGUUAUUCUGGAUAACGUGGAGAUCAAUCACUCAGUUUAUAUCUUCGGGUGCAAAAACUCGACUAUACAAGUUAAGGGUAAGGUUACUACUGUCGCCAUGGACUCGUGCACAAAGACAGGACUUGUUGUCGAAUCCUUGAUCUCUUCGCUCGAUGUUGUCAACUCCAAGUCAGCUCAGAUUCAAAUACUUGGAAAAGCUCCCACCAUCAGCCUAGACAAGGUGGAUUCAUGUAUGGUUUACUUGUCGAAAGAAUGCCUUGAUGUUGAGAUUCUGACAUCAAAGUGCUCUUCUAUCAACAUUCUUACGCCGGAUUCAACAGAAGAAGGUGCUGAAGGAGACUUUGUUGAACGCCCCGUUCCGGAGCAAUUCCUCACAAAAAUUAUUGAUGGAAAAGUUGUUACCACAGCAGUUGAGCAUACUGGCUAAAUAAAAGAAUAUAAGAAGGCUUUAAUAUCUUGUAAUCUUGCUUCAAUCGAAAAAUAAACUGGUCUAAGUUCAAA